UGAUGGCCGCGACAACGCACAGACCAGCAUCACCUCACCCUGGUUCUCCACCACCUUUGGCCUCAUCGGCCUCUGCUCCAACCUCUUUGCCCUCUGUGUCCUGCUCAGCUCCUCCCGCAAGCUGUCCAGCCAGGCCCGCUCCUCUUUCCGUCUCUGCGGGCUGGUGGUCACGGACUUCAUGGGGCUGCUGGUGACAGCCUCGGUCAUCAUCCCCUACCACUUCAUCAAGUUUGCCUGGGCUGAGGUGGACCCCGGCUGCCACCUCUGCAACUUCCUCGGCUUCUCCAUGGUCUUCUUUGGGCAGUGCCCACUGCUGCUGGGGGCUACCAUGGCCGGCGAGAGGUUCUUCGGCAUCAACCACCCCUUCUCCCGCUCCACCAGCAUCUCCAAGCGUCGUGCCUGGUCCAUUGUGGGGCUGGUGUGGGGCUUCUCCUGCCUGCUGGGGCUGCUGCCGGUGCUGGGGCUGGGGCGGUACACGCUGCAGUACCCCGGCUCGUGGUGCUUCCUCACCCUCCUGCCUGACACCGGCAACAUCAUCUUCUGCCUGGUCUUUGCCCUGCUGGGCAUCUUCUCUGUGCUGCUCUCCUUCAUCUUUAACACAGUCAGCGUGGUGACGCUCUGCCGCGUGUACCAUGACCGGGAGUCGGUGCAGCGGCGCCGGGACAGCGAGGUAGAGAUGAUGGUGCAGCUCGUGGGCAUCAUGAUCAUCGCCACCAUCUGCUGGAUGCCCCUCCUGAUCUUCAUCGUCCAGACGGUCCUGCAGCAGCUGCCAACCAGUGGCCAGGUCCAGAUGCUGCCCACAGAGACGCAGAAGAUGCUGCUCAUCUACAUCCGCAUGGUCACCUGGAACCAGAUCCUGGACCCCUGGGUCUACAUCCUCUUCCGACGGGCUGUGCUGCAGCGCGUGUACCCCAGCCUGCGCCCCCGGCCCUCCAUUGUGUCCCUCUACCCUGUCCUCAACCCCUCCCUGCGCCGAAAGCUCACCGCCGACUCGGUCCUGCAGUAG